AUGGCAAGUGACAAAUACCAGAUAGUAGUGCAAGGGGAGGCGUCAGAGACCGACUCAGAUGAUGAGGUGUACAUCACCUCCCUCUCUCCACAUUCAACUGCCGGAGGGCAAAAGGUACCAGGGGAAGCAUCUGAGACUGACAGCGAGGGGGAGGUUGAGAAAGCACGGAAAUGUGUCAUUGCUGCAAGCUCUGAAAACCCACAAAUAUUACGCAAGGACUUAACUCCGCUGCUUGUGAUCAGAGAUAACCCUGACAUUCAGUCCGUGGUAGAGGACAGGGUUGUGUCUAGGCCUGAGGAGAGUGGGCUCUACUACAACACUUUACUCCAGCAGAAAUUACAGGAGAGCAAUGCACAUCUGUGCACGGAUGUGUCCCAGACUAUCAAACAGGUGUAUGGCAAUGCCACAAAGGAGAUACGCAUGGCCACAACCCACCUGAACAGCUCCCAGAACGGCAUCAUCAACGCCUCCCAUAGCAUCCGACUCAUUCUGGAGGACCUCAAGUCUGUCUCAGAGAAAAUAGACAUUAUCACCAGCUGCUAUCUGCUCCCCGAUAUUACCUUCCCCUCCUCUCCCACUACCCCUAUUCCCGGACAGUGA